AUGUUCUCGGCCUUCCUGCGUCGAGCGACGGCCAUCAAGGAAAAGAUUCCCAUCCUAAAUGAGCUACACCUCAACUUCAUUUUCCUCCAUUACGCCUACAUCAUCUCCUGGGCUAUCCUCGGAUCCAUUAUUCUCUAUCCCAGCGGCAAUAUUCGCUACAUCGAUGCCCUCUUCCAAGCUGCCGGCGCCGCCACCCAGAGCGGACUGAACACCGUCGAUCUUAACGGACUCCGACUCUACCAACAGAUUUUCCUAUACCUGAUUACAUGUCUAUGUACUCCGAUCUUCAUCCACAGCGCCCUGGUUUUUAUCCGACUAUACUGGUUCGAGAAGCGCUUCCAACAUGUGGUCCGAGACGCUCGGGCAAUGCGACGAACCCGCUCUCGAAUGGACACCGUGACCGAGGACAGACAAAGCGAAGAUGUCAACCGGGCAGAACUGGGAGUAAGCGGGCGGCCGAUUGUGGUGAUUCGGGAUGAUGAGGGGGAUGCGCGGGACGGCCGCCUUACGGAUCCGGCCAGCAAAAACGUCGAUUCCGGGAUCAACACCCCGGCGCGAACCGCAAGUGUGAAUUCCAGCGACGAGGACACAGAUACCAGCAAUGAGCCACGUUUCGGUCUGGGCAGUUUGAAAGUGCCAACCCAUCUCAAUCCUGAGCAUCAUAUCGCGUUCUUGGAAAAGCAGCGCAAGGAUAAAGGUGCGCUGCGCAUCCCCAGUCCUCGGGAGUAUGAUCGGGGCGGUGCGCCCGAGGCUCUGGAGGAAGAAGCGGACGCGGAGGAUGAGCAGCCUCAGGGCCCCGACGAUCACACUGAUUUUGCAAAUCACCCCGAGGGCCAGGAUCAGCUUGGUCCCCUCGAAGGACCACACAUUACCAUCAAUGAACCCGACAUCCCCAGAACUCGACCUCGCGGUAACACCUUCCCGCGCUUAGACACACGGCCCACCUUCCGAGAGACCAAGGACGGUAACGAAACUACGACCCUCGCACCUACCACAACCAAAAAUACGUUCAAGGGGAUUUUCCGGUCCCUAACGCAGGAGCGGGAUCUCAACACCGCGCCGUAUCUCAGUUGGAAUGCGACCGUGACUCGAAACUCCAAUUUCGUGGAUUUGACUGAAGAGCAGCGUGACGAGCUCGGUGGUAUUGAAUACCGCGCACUGAAGACUCUGGCCGUGGUUCUCAUCACCUACUAUGUUGGUUUCCAUCUUAUCGGUUUGCUGAGCAUGAUUGGAUGGAUCAUGACAGAAAACAAAUGGGGUGAUGUUGUUCGUGACGCUGGAGUUGGGCGGCCGUGGUGGGGAAUUUUCACUGCCGCGUCUGCGUUCAACGAUCUGGGCUUUACUUUGACUCCCGAUUCGAUGUACUCUUUCCAAACGGCUAUUUUCCCGUUAUUGAUGCUGUCAUUCUUGAUCAUUAUUGGCAACACUGCGUUCCCGUGUAUGCUUCGGCUUAUGAUCUGGGUCCUUUCGAAAUUCACUCGCCAGGGUUCUGCGCUUUGGGAGGAGCUGAAGUUCCUUUUGGACCAUCCUCGUCGAUGUUUCACCCUCCUUUUCCCUCGAAAUGCCACCUGGUGGUUGUUCGCGAUCUUGGUGGCCUUGAACGGUAUUGAUCUCAUCUUCUUUGUGAUCCUGGAUCUCAAAGAUUCCGCCGUUACUUCGCUAUCCCCCGGUAUUCGAGUUGUCGAUGGGUUCUUCCAAGCAGCUGCUACACGAACGGCCGGUUUUGGAAUCAUCAGUUUAUCAGAAUUGCAUCCGGCAAUUCAAGUCUCUUACCUGAUCAUGAUGUAUAUCUCAGUGUUCCCUAUCGCUAUCUCCAUGCGUCGAACCAAUGUGUACGAAGAGAAGAGUUUGGGAAUCUACGACGCCGCGGACGAAGACCACGAUGAGGAAACCAACGCCCCCACCUACAUCGGAGCUCAUUUGCGACGACAGUUGAGUUUCGAUUUGUGGUACGUGUUCUUGGGGCUCUUCAUCAUUGCCAUCUCAGAAGGAGGCCGGCUGCAAGAGGAUAGAGACUACUCCUUCCAGCUGUUUACCGUUUUGUUCGAGGUGGUGUCCGCUUAUGGAACUGUCGGUCUAUCUUUUGGUUAUACCGGGGUCAACACUUCAUUCUCCGGGCAGUUCAACGUCGUCUCCAAGCUUGUCAUCAUUGCCAUGCAACUCCGCGGUCGUCACCGUGGCCUACCCUACGCACUGGACAGGGCCGUUCUUCUCCCCUCCGACGCCCUCAACAGGCACGAAGUCGAGGAGGGCGAGCGUCGCAUGCGCCGCAGAGCCUCGAAUCUAAGUGGUGGUGGAUCCUUCUCACAGGCCCGAUCUUUCGGUCCUAGCCAAUCCCGUACCCUUUCUCAAGCGAGACAUGAUGCUGGCCUGUCUUCAGGUCUGGAAACCCAUGACUGGCAGGUCAAUCCUGCUCAAACUACGCCAUCCCUUGUGCAGCGUUCUUCAACUAUGCGAUCUAACCGGUAG